CAGCACUCGAGGGACUGAGUUAUAGGGAGAGGUUGGACUUUGCUAGGACCUUUUUCCUUGGAGUGAAGGAGACUGAGGGAUGAUGUUAUCGAGGUGUAUCAAAUCAUGAGGGGCAUCGAUAGGGUGAACGCACUCAGUCUUUUUCCCAUAGUUGGGGAAUCAAGAACUAGAGGGUAUAGGUUUAAGGUGAGAGUGGAAAGAUUUAAUAAAAACUUGAAGGGCAACCUUUUUACACAGAGAGUGGUCCGUAUAUGGAAUGAGCUGCCAGAGGAAGUGGUUGAGGCAGGUACAUUACAACAUUUAAAAGACAUUUGGACAGGUACAUGGAUAGGAAAGGAUUAGAAGGAUAUGGGCAAAAUGUGGGCAAAUGGGACUAGCUUGGAUGGGCAUCUUAGAACAUAGAACAGUACAGCAAAGGAACAGGCCCUUUGGCCCUCAAUGUUGUGCCGAAUUAAUUAAACUAGUAAUUAAGUGCCUAGCUAAACUAAUCCCUUCUGCCUACACAGUGUCCAUAUCCCUCCACUCUCUGCACAUUCAUGGGCCUAUCUAAGAGCCUCUUAAAUGCCUCUAUCGUAUCUGCCUCCACCACCACCCCGGCAGUACAUUCCAGGCACCCACCACUCUCUGUGUAAAAAACUUGCCCCACACAUCUCCUUUGAAUUUUCCCCCUCUCACCUUAAAUGCAUGCCCUCUACUAUUUGACAUUUCGACCCUGGGAAAGAGAUACCAGCUGUCUACUCUAUCCAUGCCUUUCAUAAUCUUAUAAACCUCUAUCAGGUCUCCCCUCAGCCUCUGCUGCUCCAGAGAAAACAACCCAAGUUUGUCCAACCUCUCCUCAGAGCACAUACUCUCUAAUCCAGGCAGCAUCCCGGUAAAUCUCUUCUGCACCCUCGCCAAGGCCUCCACAUCUUUCCUGUGAUGGGGUGACCAGAAAUGAACACAAUACUCCAGAUGCAGCCUCUAACCAGAGUUUUAUAAAGCUGCACAUAUUUUCCUGACUCUUGAACUCAAUGCCUCAACUAAUAAAGGCAAGCAUGCCACUACACCUUAAUAGUUGGCAUGGACCCGUUGGGCUGAAGGGCCUGUUUCCGUGCUGAAUACGAUUAUUGUGUCGGGCUGGGGACACAGCUGCUUGUCCCCGCGUUAGACACCCCCCCCCCCGUUCUUCUUCUCCGUCCACGUGGAAAAGUAGAACAGGGCCUCGGUUUAAAGUUUUAUCUGCGCCUCUGACAAUGCGGCACUCUCCCAGUAGUGCCAGCGUAGUUGUUUUGUGCUGAUGUCUCUGGACAAUAUUUUCAGACACACUGUUAACUAACCGAGUCAGAGCUGACACACUAAACCAAGGAAAAUGCUUCUUAAAAAUGCACUAAAAUCUCCCAUAACGUCUUGCUUUAAAGGAAUUAAACCCAGGGAAAAAAUAAUAGUCCCGCCCCUGCUGCUGGUUGGAACUGAGCUUGGAAGCUGGCUGACGGAUGACGUCAACCCAGCUCAGCAUUUGUUUACACGGGGGCCGCUUGUUGCUGCAGCCUGGAGAUCCGACGUGUGCUCAGCGUUUAGCCGGAGGGAGAGGGCUGGAGAGGCCAUCACCCAGAGGAGAAGAGAGGAGAGACAGGCCGCAAUUAACAAGGCACAGGACUGAAAUUGACCGGGAUCAUUGACUUCCUGGUUAGAACGUAAGGACCAUUGUCUCUGACCGGAGUCUGGACGUGAUUGGUCCAGGCUAAAAUGAUACAUUCUCCGGUCGCUGUAGCAGUUUUCAAUGACUCCUCUACCAGCCGCUGGCAACGUUUUGCUUCGCUAUUCGCGGGACUCCUUCGCUGCUAAUGCUUGAGGACACGGCUCCUCGUCGCCCUGAAGGCUAGGGAAUCUGCCGGGCGGAGGGAGGCAUUGCUUGACCGCCGCCUCCCCAGUGCGAUGCCGGCGGGUAAUUCGGCAUUGCGAGGCGGCAUGAUGCGACGGUCCAGGGGCCAAACACUUUCCCGGUCGGGGUGGACUUUUUUAAUGAAUGUCUUUCUGCUGGGCUCGUUGGUGCCUUCGGAUGUUGGAAGGGGAGUUCUGGGCCAAGAAAUUAUCCAAGUGAAGGGUGCUUUCGACGACGUCUAUCUGGUGGUAGUCAAUAACAGCGUCCAGAACAUAUUUGCUUUCAAUCACACGGUUUCUCGGGACAAGACGGAGGGGGUGCGUGUCCAUGUGAAUGUUCUCUCCGAGCAAGCCAAAAACCCGGUUCUUUUUGUGAUUCGACAGCAGAAAGCGGUGGUCUCCUUUCAGGCACCACUGAUGCUCAGGGGACUGUAUCAGAGGAAAUACAUCUACCAGGAUGUGAGUCGUACACUUUGUCAACCAGAAGUUAAGAGUGAAUUGAAGAUGCAGUACUUCUAUGUGGAUGUCUCAACACUGUCAGAAAAGAAUGCCUCAGUCCAACUCUAUGUGAAACGCAUCGAACACUUUGUCCUAAGAACUGCAGAACCGUUCAGAUUUAAUGCAACACCUUCUCAACCUCAGUACUUCAGGUACAAGUUCUCCGAUGGAGAGGACUCCGUAAUAGUGAAAGUAACCUCAGAUUCGGUGUUUCCUUGCUCUGUGGUCUCUAUUCAGGAUGUCCUGUGUCCUGUCAAUGAUUUGGACAACAAUGUCGCAUUUAGUGGUACCUAUCAAACUAUGACAAAGAAAGCAGCCAUUACUGUACAGCGAAAGGAUUUCCGGAACAGCAGUUUUUAUGUGGUGGUGGUGGUGAAGACUGAGGAUGAGGCGUGUGGUGGUGCACUACCCUUCUACCCACUGAAAGAAGAUGAGCCAAUGGGUUUGGGGAAUCGAACCAAAAUCCUGAAUGUGACUGUGGUGCCAGCUGUGAAUUCUGUGGCCUAUGUUAAAGGGGUGCUCUUCAGUCUGGGGAUUUUCCUGGCAUUUUACCUGCUCACACUGUUGAUUGCGUGUUGGGAGCACAAUAGGCAGCAAAGGAAAAGAGAGAGACUCCUGGGGAAAAAUGUUUCAUCUCCGGAUCAGUGUGCUGGUAGUUACACUUCUCAAAGCCCUGACCUCUACACUGGAAGUUCAGCAUGUCAAAGCUAUGGCUCCUUUGAGAAUGGCUCCGUUCUUGGGUCAGAGGCUGUUACAGACAGCAUGGAGUCUGAUUCUACCUACGGCUAUAUGGAGAGGCCACUGGACAACGUGAUUCGACCUCGCCUCGAUUCUCUCAGCUCCAUCGAAGAGGACGAGUACGACACCCUGGCAGACAUUGACUCCGAUAAAAAUGUCAUCAGAACCAAGAAGUUUCUCUAUGUCUCCGACCUUGCCCGCAAGGACAAGCGAGUUCUCAGCAAAAAAUACAAGAUCUACUUCUGGAACAUUGCAACGAUAGCAGUUUUCUAUGCCCUGCCGGUGAUUCAGCUGGUUAUCACAUAUCAGACGGUUUUCAAUAUCACAGGGAAUCAGGAUAUCUGUUACUACAACUUCUUGUGUGCUCAUCCUUUGGGGGUGCUGAGUGCAUUUAACAACAUCCUGAGUAACCUUGGAUACCUGAUGCUGGGUCUGCUUUUCCUGCUCAUCGUCUUGCAACGUGAGAUUCUACACAAACGAGCCCUGAUGCGGAAUGACAUCUGUGCUCUGGAAUGUGGAAUUCCGAAACACUUUGGAUUAUUUUACGCGAUGGGAACUGCACUCAUGAUGGAAGGUCUCCUCAGUGCCUGUUACCAUGUGUGCCCAAACUACACCAAUUUCCAGUUUGACACCUCCUUCAUGUACAUGAUAGCUGGCCUCUGCAUGCUGAAACUCUACCAGAAGCGCCAUCCAGACAUCAAUGCCAGUGCCUACUCUGCCUAUGCCAGCCUUGCCUUGGUCAUAUUCAUCUCAGUGUUGGGAGUGGUCUUUGGAAAAGAUUACAUUGUAUUCUGGGCAGUUUUCUCCUUUAUUCACAUCCUAGCGACACUUUUGCUCAGUAUACAGCUCUAUUAUGUGGGCCGCUGGAAACUGGAUGCAGGGAUAUGCAGAAGGAUAAUUCAUGUAAUUUACACUGACCACAUCAGACAGUGCAGUGGACCUGCCUACAUAGAUCGGAUGGUGUUGCUGAUCAUGGGGAACAUUGUGAACUGGUCACUAGCUGCGUAUGGGCUUAUUCUAAGACCCAAAGAUUUUGCCUCCUACCUGCUGGCAAUUGGAAUCUGCAACUUGCUGCUAUAUUUUGCUUUUUACAUCAUCAUGAAGUUAAGGAGUGGUGAGCGGAUCAGACCGAUUCCACUGAUUUGCAUUAUCUGUACGGCUGUGGUCUGGGGUUUUGCUCUGUUCUUCUUCUUUCAAGGUCUCAGCACAUGGCAGAAAACUCCUGCCGAGUCCAGAGAGCACAACCGGGAAUGCAUCCUGCUCCAGUUCUUUGAUGAUCAUGACAUUUGGCACUUUUUGUCCUCCAUCGCACUCUUCGGCUCUUUCCUUAUCUUGCUGACCCUGGAUGAAGACCUGGAUGGUGUACCGAGAGACAAGAUCUACGUGUUCUAAGCCCAGGUGGAGCUAAUGUACAGGAGAAGCAACUGCACUGCACACUUGGUGCCUCCAUCAUCUGAGGCUCGUUCCUUUGACUCCAAAGGAAGAGAAACAGGAUUUGCAGGGCAGUUGCGAGCAAGCUCCAGAGGCAGUGGAGCCAGUUGCGACACGUACGCCCAAGGGCUGCCUCGUCUUGCAUUUCAAACAACAAGUUUUUGUUGUUGAUCCUUGCCACAUUGCAUGGACCUUCAGCUCAAGACAGACAGUGUGGUGCUGAGAUGUUGGCUUCUCCAGUGUUGAUUGGUCCCCAAUCUUUUAAUCGUCAUCUGGUUUUACAAUUUUACUUUCAAGAGGCUGCUUGAGUUUGAAGAACUCGACUUUUCUGCACAGAUUUUAGAAUAAAGUCAGGCUGUGGCGGCAAAAGUGGAAACUAUCACUGACUAAAAGCAAAAUAGCCUUUUUGUGUUUCGUCACUGCCUUGCUAAUGGAAAGCCACAAAGAAAAAGUGUUUGUCUAUUGGUAUAUUGGUCUAGGUGGUGGAUUGACAUUGUAUCCUGCCUGUCGGAGGUCAAGAAUCGAGUAUAACGAAUCGAGUGUAACCCAAAGAUUGAUCGUAGCUUAUUUUUCUUUGAGUUCUGGUGACCAAUCUGUGGGGCACCAUUGGCUUUGGAAACUUUGGUGAAACUUGUAGCCAGUGCAUUGGUUUAGCCACAACGUAGACAGUGGAGAAAGUGGAACUGGGAUCAGAAAAGCCAACUUGCAAAAAUAGUGGCAGAGAUGAAUCCUUUGUUGAUUGCAGUGACCACAGGAAAAGUUGAAGUCUCAAUAUGGGAUCUAGCACAAAACUGGCGCUAAUUCCUGAAUCUUGUCAAAGGGGAUAAUGAAAUAAUGAUUAACAUAAUCUUUAGUUGGUGCUUUUCUAUGCUGAUGGUUUAGAAUUGAAGUUGGGUUGCGCUGUACUGGAAACUCUACAUUCAGUUAGCACAGACUGCAGGGGCACACGCACAGAUUAUAUCUGAUUCCUGCGCGAUGUGCAGACGAGUCCUAAAAACUGAUCCCUGGUUGGUAGUUCUACAGAACUGAAUUUCGGGGUAGGGUAUAAUAUGCUGCUGUACUGUGUGUCGUGACAUUGCUGCAGAUUGGGGUUGAAUUUCCAGGCAAUUUUACUUUUGCUUGGAAAUAUUCUCUCCCCCUCCUUCAUGUUAUACUGUGAACCAGUUGAAGAAUUUUUCCCAAAGGAUCAGUUUUUAGGACUGUGUGUUUUGCAUUGUAAGCUCCUUUAUAGUUUGCAUCAGGGUUUAAAUUUUGCCUACAGCUUUUGUGCUGAGUUGGUGUUAAUCCAUGAUUUGUCAUUGUGGUCUAUUUAAUGUCCUCAGGUUUAGGGAAGCUCAGCCUCUGCGAAAAUUAACCUAUCUGGGAGAUGGCCACAUGGGUCAGUAAUGAUAUCACAUAGUGGGCAUCUCCAGUGUAUUCCAUACAUUAGACCCUCAACACUUGAUGUCUGUGCCCCCACUCACAAAGGCUUCUCUUUGUAGCUGUUUGGCAUUCAUGGCUAUACAGUAAUGGCAGGUGUGUGUCUGAUAAUUGCAUGGGUGGAGUCACAACCCACAGGGAUCACUUCAAAUAAAGGCAGUGACAUUAAUGACAAUUUUGAAGAAUUCACUGGUUAGAAAUGUAAUCUAGGGCUCCAUGAUGUUUGAGAUGUGUAAUUUCUGUUUUAAUAUUUGCAAUUAUUCUUUGUGGGACAGGUGAUAUGAUUUUUGCAUGAAAUCCCACAACUGUCAACAUUUACAGGAUGUACAGUAUAAUUUACCAACCAAAGAAACGAGUGUUUAAUGCCUGAGACAGACAAAUGCCAUUUUCUGCAGUAGGAUCUCUUACAGCAACGUACUUGCUCUAUUUAUAGCACACCAUUGUACACCACACCGUUUGUGUAUACAAAAUUCGUAGGUAUGGAGUGUUAGAGAAGGAUCCUUUACAAAGUCCCUGUGUUGUUUAUCAAGACAGGAAUAACAGUUAACCCCCGCCCCCCCCCCCAUUAAUUGAUUAGCCAAAACUCAACUUUUAAAAAGAAGUAAACAGUAUUUGCUGACAUAAAUGGAAUGUCACUGCAUAAAAUCUCCGUCCUGUGGUUAGGGUUGGAAUUAUAAUGUGCCUAAAUUUCUAGCAGAAAAUUCUGAUCUUGGCUGGCUCAGGAAAUUGUUCAAGUUUAUUUUUUUAAGAAAAAAACCAGUUAAUUAAACUGGAAACUUUUUUUUUGGUACUUCAUAGUUGCAGAUGCUUGUAGUGAGAUCAUUUCAUAGACAUCAUAGGUGGAGAGUUAGGAGAAGGGGGCACUAAAUGGAAGAGGGUGGAUCUGUGGAUCACAAGGUGCAUCUUAGUGAGACUAAAUCUCUGGAAGUGUUGGCAAUGGGAGUGGGUGGCUGCUACCACUAGGUAGCGCCAGUGAACCUUCGGCUGAGCAAAAGGUAGCUGGUUGUAAGUCUACUUCCCUCAAUUGUAUAGCUCAUUCAUCCAGAUGAACAUCAGAAAUAAAGUGAUUAUUUUGCUGUUAAAAUGGUUUAAGUUGGAAAGAGCAAAAUUGGAAACAAUCAAUACAGGCAGUCAGCAUGAGAUCAAAUAGCAAUUCAGAAAAAUCUCGUGUGGAAAUGUGAACGCGCGUCGUCUGAUGAGGGGUCUCAGUCCAAAACGUCGACUGUUCGUUUCCCUCCAUAGAUGCUGCCUGACUUGCUGAGUUCGUUUAGCAUUUUGUGUGUGGUGUGGAAAUGCGAAGCUUGCCUCCAUUGGGAAGGAGCUGAGGUGAGUGGCACUGCUGUACUGAAGAGUGAAGAGAGAGCUGGGAAUACAGGCUUGUACUGAUUUAACUUGAAACAAGUAAUCACUGGGUUGGGCUAGUCGCAUCGAUUGCCGUGUUUUUGUGCUGUACGCUCUGUAGAGUUAUAUCAACCUUGUUACUUUCAGAUGGGUUGUUAGUCAGCUGCUUGGGAACAAACUGUGUUAGCCAAUCUUAAAAUUUCACUGGCCAAAUCCCACCCAAUGGUGUCCAUGUUAUUGGGCUGUAGAAAGGGCAAAUAGUGGGCAAAUGCUGCACCUCAGCCUGGGUUUAGUUCACAUUGUCCACCUAUUGUACAUCACCAUUCAUACACAAGGAUGCAGGGCAACACAGGCGAAUUCUCACCUCAGAAAGACUCUGUGCAAAACUCUAGCCAUAGCAAGCAGUGACACUUUAAAAUUGUGGUUUUGUUCUUACCUCAUUUGGUGAAAUCUGAGGCUAAUGUUCAUUCUUUCGAGAGUUAGAAUGUGUUCACUAGGUUGAGACAGACUGUUGAGCAUCCAAGACGUGUUUGCAUCAAUGUGAAUGUGGCACUGUAACUACACCCACUCUGAACAUCAAGGUCACCAAACAGCCAUUGCUCAGCCUUACCUACAACCAUUACUUUGCCAACAGGGGACGAGAGAUGAGGAUCUUGUCCAUCUUAUUAUCCCAUUUAAUUUACGAUGCACAAAACUUCAGGAUAAUGUAUGGUUUGGCUUUUACCAUGUAUAGUCUAAUAAACCUGGGAAUAUGACAAUGGUGUUCCAUGUUACCCUUCUUAAACAGAAAGGACAAUAUCCAGGUUUAUUUAUAAAACAGAGUUCAAAUCCAUCUGAGGGAAAACUGCUAAGGAUCACUCCUUCAGCAAAGGUGAAAAUUGUUGUGAACAGGUAUUUUAUAUUCUACCUAUUUCAAAGCAAUUCAGUUGUCCAACCAUAUGGUGAAUUUAUGGAUGGUUGCUAUUGUUGUAUGUCACAGCAGAGUGUGUGUGUGUGUGUGUGUCUGACUCAUCAGUGGUGGGGGCAUUAAACUAUUAUUAGGGUGAUGGGAGUCAAGGCACAGCUUUGUACUGUACUAUAUUGUUCAAUUCCAGGGUGCUUUUCAAACAGAUUUCUCAAAGUGGAGAUAUUUGAAACUCUUUCAACAAGGCAAUUAAUGAUAUGAAACAAUGAAUCCUGAUAGUUAAAAAUUACAGAUGCUUCUUAACUGAGAAACCGUCCAUAGAUAGUUCUGACUGUGUUAACUGUGAUCAGGUUUGUGCACAACUGUCUUCGAUCUUUCUGCCCUUUUUAAGCCUUGAAGGCAAAAGGUUGAGGGGUUCAUUUUGUUUACAAAACACAAAGAAUGAUCAUGCCUUUGUGGAGAAGUGGCUCAGAUUUUCAGCCAUUACUAAAAUUUGUCCAAUUCAUUUACUGUCAAUUUUACUACUUGCUGUGCUGCAUUGUUUCAGUAAAGCAUAUAAUGUCACAAAAUCGUUACAAUAAAACUUGAAGCCUA